GAGCGAGCCACGAGGAGCGCUUGCGUGCCGCGUACACAUAAGACGUUAUCGCAGAGGGCGGGUCUCUUUAUCUCGCGGAGUCGCGUUCCGAGGCGAGACCAGCCUGCAGCGGCGAUCAGAGACGUCUCGCAGACACACACACGCACACACGCGCGCCAUGGCCGGCAGCUUCGCGGAUGUCUUCUCCCCGGACAACCCGGUGUUCCGGGCCUACGUCUUCUACUGCGCGAUCCUCGUCCUCAAGUUGAUGUUCAUGUCCAUCUACACGGCGCGCACGAGGAUGAAGAAGAUGGUGUUUUCCAAUCCCGAAGAUAUCAUGGGCAGAAAGGACAGUAAAAUACGCUUCGACGACCCGGACGUUGAGAGAGUACGAAGGGCGCACCAGAACGACCUGGAGAACCUGGUGCCGUUCUUCGUGGCGGCGCCGCUGUACCAGCUGACGGCGCCGAGCGCGGCGGUGGCCGUGAACCUGUUCCGGGCGUUCGCGGCGGCGCGCUGCGCUCACACGCUCGUGUACGCCGUGUGGCCCCGGCCGCAGCCUGCGCGCUCCCUGUGCUUCGGCGCCGGCUUCUGCGUCACGCUGUACAUGGCCGUGCAGGCGGCAGUCGGCUUCCUGUAGCCGCCCGCCCUCUUCUCCACGCGCAUCUCUUCAAACACCCACCGUUCACAAUGCGCUGCAUAGGACUGUUUCAGGGGCACUACGCAACCCGCGUUAACCUCAUAAGAUUCAAUGUUAUUUUCAUUUUGCUUAUAAAUAAUUAACUAAUAUAGAUUUCUAAUUGAUGCUUGCUUGAUAUGUAAGACAAUGAUGCUCUUAUCAAAGCCCCUUUCUUCAAAAAUGUGCAUUAAUUAUGGUUUUCUACUAUUCUUUACUAAUAUGCAUAAGUGUAUUGUCUAGGUUUGAACCAUAAUUUAUGCACGUUUUUGAAGAAAGGGGCUUUGAUAAGAGCAUCUUUGUCUUACAUAUCAAGCAAGCAUCAUUUCGAAAUCUAUAUUAGUUAAUAAGUUAUAAGCAAAAUGAAAAUAGCAUUGAAUCUUAUGAGGUUAACGCUGGUUGCGUAGUGCCCCUGAAACACUGGAGUGGCCUCUUAAGGCCGGUAUUACACUGUAAAAUAUUUUAUAACACAUAUUUAAAAAAUAUAUAAUUUUCAUAUUUUAAUAAAAUAUUUGAAGAGUGAUUAUUUUAUAAAAGUGUUAGGCUUUAAGUACACAAUGUAAUAUAUAUAUGUCAAAGAAGUAUCCCGUUUAUCAGAAUUUCUUAACAUUUCAACGAAGUGUAAAGAGUGUUAAGUGUUCAUUAAACAGUUACACUUUUUAACCACAUUUAAUUGAAUUUUUUUUUACAUCUAGGAUAGUACAACCAGGUUUAACUGUGUUCUUAACAUCUUGCUUUUUAUUUCUAUUUUUGUAGUCUUCGUACUUUGCAUUGUGUAGCAUUUCAUGAAACGUUUGCACUAAGAAAUAAACUUUGUCGUUGUGUCCACACUCCAAGUCUACUUAUUUGUGGGCUGUGUGACCAUUUAGAAAAUUCACAACCAUGACACGAUCUUAACAGUUAAAUGGAUAACUGCUUUUAUAAAAUGUAAUGCCAACCCAUUACUUUUUAUAAAAGAAAUUUUAUAAAUGUAAUAAUUUACGAAAUAUGGCCCAUUACACUAUCAAAGAAUCUUGGUCAAAGACGUUUUAUAAAAUACUUUACAGUGGAAUACCGGCCUUCGACAGUCGCCUGAAAAGGGGUAUGUCCCGUUUCAUGUCAUCUAUAUGUAUACAUAAAAUAGGAUGUUGUUAUGUAUGACGUUGAUAAACUCCGACCCCGUUUGAUCAAUGGCCAUGAAAGUUGGCACAUCGAAGUGUUUUUUUUCUACGGAGAAGGUUUUUUAAGCUACCCAUUUUUUUGUACCUCGAGGCUAUGUGGCGCUGCAGCGCAGCAACUUCUAAGCCGUUCAACCGAUUGUCAUUGGUAAACAUAAAAUCAUAAGUCAUAGACAUACAAACAGAUAUUGUGUCUUUUCUCUAUCCCCACGCUAUCCAUUUUGCUUUAACUCGCGGAAAAUAUAUCACCCUGCGUUCAGGCCGGGCUACGCCGGGUACUGCAACUAUGAAAAUUGGAAUAUUGUGAUUGUUACUGUCCUUAAUCCUCAAUAACAACAAAUAGUGAUCGUUACUGAAAUUAGCAUGGUGAUUAGUAUUUGAUGAGCUAGUUUAAAAUGGGAUACCAUUUCAAACGCUUUAUAAUUCUAGAUUACAUACCAACCAUCCAUUUGAGAUUUAUAUAGGUAAAUAAGUAAACCAAGGCAGGUUUUGUUAGUUGUAUUACAAACACGUUUAAAUUGGUUAAAACAUGUAGAAUUUUUGAGUGACUGAGCUUCAACAAAAUGCAUUAUUAGCUGGCAAAUUUGAACUUUUUACAUUGUGGUGUAUACUGAAUAAGUAGAACCAAAUGUAAUUUUAAAAAAUGAAAAAAAAAAUCUGGGUUUUAAGGCAAUUCUUGUGGAUAUUCUUUCAAAAAAAAUUAUUAUGCCUUUUAAAAUCAUAUAGUUUCUGAGAAUCUCAAAAGGCUAGGAAAAAUUAACUAUUUUUCUGGGGGAAAAAACAUAUCACAAAGUAGCCAGUAAAAUUGACAUUAAACAUAAAAAGUUCCAGUUUCAUAUUCCAUUUCAUUCUCCUUAUCCAUACUGCACAGCACUUUUAAAAAUGCAACUUUGCAUGUUAAUCAUGCGAAAGAAAACUUUUUUUUUUCAUUUUCAGAAAGUCUAGCCACUCAAAAUGUCGGCAAGUCUAACCGUGUGGAACGUAAACAUGUAAUAAUCACCUGGAACGGGACAUACCCCUAGAACUGUAAACGUGAUGUACGCAUAUAGUAUAAAUUUUAAGGUUUCCUGUAACUUAUAUUAAGUAUAAACUUGCGAUUUUCUUCGUAUCAGGUAAACCCAAACAUUAAAAUGGAAUCCUAACUCAACUGGGCCCCACCCCCGGUAUUUUCCCCUCCCCCUCCCUCAUGAUAGUCCUGCCAGGGGGUCUACUCUGCUCUUGUGUUAAUGAACAAUUUCAUUUAUACCAACUACACAGUGUCAUUCACUUUCUCGGCUGAUGUGGCUUGUAAGCAAAUUGUAACGUUUUACACUACAAAUCCAAUUUAAUUUGACUCGUACAACGUUUCAGUGUCGAGGAAACAAAUUUAUUAUUUAUUUUUAAAUAAAGUGGUGAUUCAGAAAAUUUUGCAUCUCAAGGUUGGAGUAGGCUACUAGUUUUUAUUUAUUAAUUGCGUUCGUCAACGAUCGAUGGUGUUUGCACAUGUCUGUCUUGUGUGUUUAAAAUUAUAAAUAUGUUUCAUAGCGAAUACAUCAACUGUAGUGCCUCAAAUGUGAAAGUAUUGGGUUGAACUUAGUAAAAGUAUUUAAUGGAUUUUUGUGUGCCAAUAUGAAUUUGAAUGUAACAGUAAAGAAUAUAAAACUUUAAUAAAUAUUUGUAUACACGUAUUUGUGGUAUUUAUAGCUACUGCCUUAA